AACAAUUAAUUAAUGAUAAAUAAGAAGGACAAAAUAUAGAAAAAUUCUUUAGAAGAUUGUUACAUUAAUGUGCUUAUAUAAUAAAUUAAAUAUGUUCAUAAUUAAAGUUAAAUGAAAAAAUAAGCGAAGCAGUAUGGAUUACAAUGAAGCACAUAUUAGGAAAUUAAUCUGAAUUGUUAAUAAAUAGACAUAUUGAUUAAUUAAUAUUAUGUUGCAUUUAUUCUUAUUGUAAAAUCUGCAAAAUAAAUAUUUUAUUUAAAUCUAUUAUUUAAGUUUAUGAAAAUCUUAAUUAACAUAAUAGUAAUAUGAUAAGAGAACUUAUUUAUGAUAUGCCUUUAGGAGAAAACAAUAAAACAGGUGACAUAGUGACUUUAUACAAUAAUAUAUUUAUUUAAUCUGUGAAAAAUUAUAUUCUUAAUACAGCUAAAAAUAUUAAUUCUACAAAUGAAAUUAUUAAUAAUACAAAUCAAAUCAAAAAUCCUGCAAUUACAACUCCUAUAUUCACUUCUCCAUUAAAAUCUAUGCUUCCUUCAGAUGUUAGAAAGUCCCUUUAGAAAAUGCCAAAUCAUUUAUGA